UUGUAAUAUGACAUUUAAUAGACAAUAUAUAAAUAACUAUUAAUUCAUUACAUUAAGGAACGUCUAGAAGAAACAUUGAGAUCAUCUCCCUAACAUGAGUGCUGGGGGAAAAGUAGGACCAUCAUGUUUGUCUUGAUUUCACCUGAUCAGAUCUCAGCCACUUACACGCUAUUAGAGAUCAACUGAUACCCACUUCGCCCAAUCUCGUCUUUUUGUUGGGAAUCUGAUCUCCUCAUUGGCUAUUUCAUACCUUUAAACUAACUACUCUAUGACAUCAUUCUCCCACCAAACCUACCACCUGGUAGAAUCUUGAGGUUUCCAUGGAGUUGUCUGUAAAUAAAUUUGGAUCAUCGCAAGUGACUAGUGACCAGUGACCAGUGACCUUCGUACUGGACACAUGCAGUCUUUGGCUUCAGCCACUGAGACAUCUUCUAGCAUCAUUACCUCAACCCUUGGAUGUGCGAGUGAUGUUUCUUCUGUGACCAUGUCAGAAAAUUUCCAAAAUUCAUCUCUACUUGGAACUGCAAGUUCUUUGCAGCUCUCUGUUCCUGUGGUGAGCAAUGCAGCUUCUCUAACAGGAAGUGUCUGCAACUUCUCCAGAGUCUCAGCUCCAGCCGUCAGCUCAGCGUGGCUACUGCCAUCAACCUCUGGCACCUCUUUCCAGCCCCUUGUGGGUAGUGCCUACCUUUACCAACAUUCUAGCACAACUAUGUUGUCUGGGGUUUCUGGCCAGAGCCAGAUCUCCACUUCAGCUACCUCCUAUCCAGGUAUUUUUGAGUGGGAUAUCACAGGAGGUACUGAAAAGAAGUCGUCUUCACUUAGUGACUUCACCGUGACAGUCAUUGACCAGGGCACAACUGUUUCUUCGAUGUCUACCACAGCCCAAUAUAAUAAAACCUCAGAUGCCAAUAUUAUGGUCCCUCUGUAUCCAUCAUUGUCUGCCAGCCUGGUUCAGGGGACACCAUCUCAGAUUCCAAAUCAGGAAUAUAACUUGUCACUUCCUUACCAGGAAGGAAGCCAGGUCUAUUACUACAAUCAAGGCAACCUGGGACCUCUACUGUCUGGAGAACUUGGCCCCUGCCUGCAAUCCUAUGGCUCUGUGUCCUACACAGGAAGUAGGGCCUCAGCUCCUCAACCAGAAAUGGUGAUGGUGCUAAAAGAGGUUCAGCCCACGAGUGUAUUACCACCAGUAUCCACCUCUGGAAUCUACUACUCUGUGUCUGCUCAACCCAUCACAGAAACAAGUUUUCAAGUGAUGGAAACUUCCCUGGGGAUGGAGACCUCCUUGGGAUUGCAACCUCCAGCUCAGACAUUUUGUCUGCCACAAACUCAAGAAUUCCCCAAGUCCUGUAGUAGCAGAAAUAUCCAGAUAAUUGAGAGUCACUCACCACCUGGGCUUGAGGACAUUUCAAUGGUAAGUCCAGUCCAGAGUUCUACUAAUCUGUUGGCACUGCCUCCAGCUCCAAGCCAGGAGCAAACAGAGAAUAAGAAUUUGGAUGAGAUUGAAACCAAGCUUUUAAACUCUCAGGAUGCCUACCAGAUCCCAAUAGAAAACCAAGAUCUUCCACUGCUCCCUUUGGAGAUCCCUGAUAUUCACCAACUUCUGGCCUCCAUCGAUCCUCUUGGCCAAGAGGAGAAGCCUAGUUCUGAAAAUGCCAGUCUGGGAAAAACUAGUGUGAGUCUGGAGGACCAAGAGACACUUGAAAAUGAGAUUAAGUCCUUUAAUGGUUUUGCAGACAUAGCUACACUGGUGGAAGACAUUCACCUUCCUCCACUCUUUGAUUCCUUGCAAGACCUUGACCCAUCAAAAGAUCUCCUGGCAAUUGAAGAUGAAGGUACCAGAGUCAUCAAGGUAGAUCAGGUGCUGGAAAAUCCAAGUGUCAAAAAUGGUCUUUAUGAUCAAGUUAGGAAGAAUAAGCAUAAGGCCUCUGAGCCUCUCAAUGGUGCACCCAACGCCAAAAUCCAGCCAAAGAAUUCCGAGUGCCCGAUAGGGGGAGAAGUGGUAGUUUUCAGUGCUACGGCCAGUGAUGAGGCCCUUGUGAAUGAAGCCAAGCAGUCUAACAGCAAACGUCAGAAACCUGGCUCUAGCAGGACCAGCAAAACUAAGAGCCAUGGGCAGGAGAAGAUCAAAAAGACCAGAGAAAAAAACUCUAAGAAAACUGAAGAGAGUAAGCAGUCAGGGAUCAAAGUCAAGGCAGAGGAGAAGCCAACUGUUUCCAAGCUGAAGCGGAAGAAAAAUCAACCUGAGCUGAGCCAAGAGACCUUUAAGAAGCCUCGAAGCUGCCUAGGCAUGCACAUGCUGGAGUCCGUGCAGGUUUUUCAUGCACUGGGGAAGAAGAAUGAUAAGAAAAUGGGACUCUCUUCCUCCCGAAUCCUAGGAAACUCAAACACCACCAAAGUCCUCCAGCCAGCCCCACCUAUCAAACUAUGGCUGGAUACUCCAUGUGAAGGCAAAGGUCCUGAGAAAACUCAAGUUAAAGCCCAGAAACUAGAGGGCAGUGCUGACCAAGAGUGUCCAUCUCCUUCCCAGUAUGAGCUGCCACCACCUGGGAAGGUCAAGUUGAUCCCUUUGCCUUUUCCGACUCUGGACAAGCCUCAAGUUCGACCCAUUCCACGGAGGCCGCUGAGUCUGGUUUCACAUAGACCUGCUGUAUCUUACCCUGCCCGGCCUGGUUCCACCAACUCAGCUCAACCUAUUGCAGUCAAUCCAGCUCGACCAGCUCCUGCCAAUGCAUCUUCAACGGGUCCUCCGAGACCAGCUCAGCCGAUUAUAACCAGUGCGACCCGACCGGGUUUGGCCAACCCUACGCGGCCGAGUGUCCCCCAGUCUGCUGCUCCUAGGCCGACACCCUACAAAACGUCAUCUUGUACUUCUCUCCAGCGGGAGCCUAUUUCUGCAGCUGUGAUCAAGCCCCAGUCACCGCCCAAGCCUCAAAACCGUUUUCUACUCCAAGAUUUCAGCCUCCAACCAAUUCCGUGGAGGAAACCCAAUGUUCCUGAGCCAGUGAUGUCAAAGCCCAUCACAGAUGAGCAGAGGCCUGAGCGCGAGGCCAUGAAGAGGAAAGCCCAACAAGAACGCGAGAAUGCUGCCAAAUAUACUUCUCUGGGGAGAAUGCAGUUUUUCAUUGAAAGGGAAAAAGAGCUGGGAAUCUCCCGAUACUACGGCUAUGCAAUGUGAGAGCUACCGAGAUGGUUGGUAGCACUUCAGCUAUCAACUGGUUUUCCACAUUUAUAUAGAUAGAUAGAUACACAUUUCUCUAUUUAUUCUGAUAUAUUUUUAAAACUUAAUAAAUCUGAGUAAAAAAGUAAUAGAAUUGAUUAAUAGUAAUAAAGAGGCCUUUUUAGUUUUGAGAUGCUGUUCCCUGGUUUUUCUGUGGUGGCAAUGGGG